UUUGCCAUUUUCUUCUUCAUUGGCAGAAAAGUUUAGGAAGAACUGCGCGGGCGAGCGAGAGACAGAGAGAUGCAUCUAUGGCCAUCAGUAAGACUAAGAGAUUCAUUCAAAAUUGCUUAUUUAAGGAAACUUGAAUGGAACCUCCAUCGAAUGAAAUUAGAGAAACAAUCUUCUUCUUCCCCAAAGACUCCAAACAACCAGCAAAAUCUCUUAAAUGACCAAGAACCUGUCGAGUCCAACUCUGCUUCUUCUGAAUGCUGUGCUAGUUUUACUGCGAUCUGUAGAGAGAUUUUCAUGGUCCUUUCUUGCUGUUACUGCUGCUUCUGCUGUGGAGCAAAAAUGGCUGGACUAAGACAGGCCAAAGAAGAGGCAGAGAAAGAGAUUGCUGAAUAUCAUGCUCAAGUAGAGUAUGAGUUUCAGAAGAAGGUAGCUGAGAGCAGCGGAGACUCGGGGGAAAAUGUGAAACGGCUGGAGAUCGAAACAGAUGCAAAGAUCAAUCACUUGAAGAAUGAAGCUGCAAGGAUAUCUCAUGAUGUUGUACGGAUGCUUUUGAAAAAUAUGACAACUGUGAGAAACUAGGGAUUCUCCAUGAAGAAUGACGGUUUAGUCGUCUACAACCUUCAAUCAGUUCCUGUAUGAUUAUGUCGAAACUCAGAGGUCAUGCUUGGGAACAAUUUAAUGUCAUUAUUUAUCGUUUUUUGUUAUUUUAGUUGUGCCAUGUUCUGGCUGAUCAUCUUCCUGUUCUGAAAUAAUGUUCAUUGUGUGCUCCCAAAGAAAUUGUUUCUCUUCAGUAUUUUCUGGACUUGAGCUCAGCUCUCUAUGGUUUAAUGGAU